AUGGACGCGGCUGCUACGACCACCACAACGGCUUCCAGAGUCAGGGCGGUCGCCGGAGGAGUGUUGCGGUAUCCCCGGUCUACACCCUCCCCAACUUAUGGUUUCCUGAAACCGUUCUCCGUUAGGUCCGACGCUCUGCAUCUCAGCAGUCGAGCACUCUCUUCACUGUCGGCCAAGGGGCGGCGAUUCUAUACUUGCAGAGCUCUCUACAAUCCCGAGGUCCAGAUCAAAGAGGAAGGCCGACCGGAGACUCUUGAUUACCGUGUCUUCUUCGUGGAUCACUCCGGCAAAAAGGUUUCGCCGUGGCACGAUGUGCCGCUUCAAUUGGGUGAUGGCGUAUACAACUUCAUUGUGGAGGUUUCCAAAGAGAGUAGUGCCAAAAUGGAGGUGGCAACCGACGAGCCAUUCACUCCGAUCAAGCAAGAUACGAAGAAAGGGAAGCUUUGUUAUUAUCCAUACAACAUAAAUUGGAACUACGGGCUGCUUCCGCAGACUUGGGAGGAUCCUUCAUUUGCAAACAAUGAAGUUUAUGGUGCUUUUGGGGAUAAUGAUCCUGUUGAUGUUGUUGAGAUAGGGGAGAGGCGAGGAGAGAUUGGUGAAAUACUUAAGAUCAAUCCACUGGGUGCUCUAGCCAUGAUUGAUGAAGGCGAGCUUGAUUGGAAAAUAGUUGCCAUCUCUUUGGAUGAUCCAACAGCUUCUCUUGUGAAUGAUAUAGAUGAUGUUGAGAAACAUUUUCCGGGGACUCUUACUGCAAUCCGGGACUGGUUCAAAGAUUAUAAAAUACCUGAUGGCAAACCUGCAAACAAGUUUGGUAUUGGCAACAAGGCGGCAAAUAAGGACUAUGCACUGAAAGUGAUCAAGGAGACCAAUGAAUCUUGGGUGAAGCUGGUUAAGAGAUCCAUUCCAGCAAAUGAUCUGUGCCUUGUGUAUACGCAGGAGAGAGGAAAAAAUAUUUUAAUUGGUUAUGUCUUCACCAAAUUGCAUAUCUUCCAUUCUUUUGUAUGUGCCCAGGGUGCGUCGAUUUAG